AUGCAGCAACUACCCAAGCAGGUGCUGCGCCCGAAGACUCACCGCCAUGAGCCCGCCGGCAGAGGCUCAGAUCACAACGACGCCCCAAAGGACGGUAGUCGGUUGACAUUCUAUCCAGCCUACUGCUUCAAAGCCUCCGAGACCUAUACUAAAUGGGUCAAGCUGACUGCCCGUGACAUCCAUUCGACCCUGAAGCCUCACAGCAAAUACAACGAGGUGACCACCGAUAGCGGCGAGCGUGGUGGACUCUUGCUGUUUUAUCUUAACCACCCUAUUCAAUUUGUGCAGGUGGUCGGUGUAGUUGUGGUGUUUGAAGAAUACUUUGAGAAAUUCUGGCUGUUCACUUUGGAUGAUAGUAGUGGAGCGACUCUUGAUGUCUGUUGUCCGAAGCCUGAGAAGAAGGCGAACGAAGGCGGAGGCAAGCUGGGCUCACAUGUGAACAAGGCGCCUAGACGCAGUGUUGGUGAACAGCAGGCCACGGACAGCGCACGAACUUGCGACAACGAGGAUCCUGACGUGGUUGCCCAGCGUAGCCUUCAUGCCACUCUCGCCCGACUCGAUAUUGGGACGGUGGUCCAGGCGAAAGGUAUUAUCACCACAUUCCGGUCAGUUCGCCAGUUGGAGUUGAUCCGUCUCUCAAUAAUUCCCACAACAAGCCAUGAGCUCAGUUUGAUUUCUUCACGCAGUCAAUUUCUUGCCAGCACUCUAUCCAAGGCAUGGGCGGUGUCGCCCCAGAAACAGAAAGCAUUAUUACUCGAGGCACAGGGUGAACAUGAGGGCAAGAACGAACGGGAAAGGAAGAGACGCGAGAGACGGGAGCUGCUCAGAGAAAGGGAGGAGAGACAUGCCCGACGGAUCAGGCGUCAAUAUGAGCGAGAAGAACACGAAAGGAAGAAGAGUUCAGAACAGGCACGAGUGUCAGCACAACAGGUGCAGAAGGAGAGGCGAUGA